AUUAAUUACUUGCGAUGUUAUUAACCGUAUUCAGUCAAAAUUUAAAAAAUGUACAAUAUGUCUUUACCUGCUACAUAACCUUGACAACAAUUCGUUUUAAUUAUAAGCAAUUUACAAGCAAAUAAUAUCAUACCUAAUUAUUGAGUUUAAAUUACAAAAUGGAAGUUGACUCUGAAGAGGUAAAAAGGCACUUGGACAUUUUAGGGUAUACACACAUAGAACCCAGUCUGCUAAAUGAUUUCAUAGAAGAUUUGAAAAAGAUCAUUGAAUACGACCGAAAACACAACAACGUCAGUCAACUAUCCGCGUCGCUGUACAAAGACUGGGAUCAGAGUUACUCCCAGAGGAUGAAAAAUAGUACUCCGAAUAAAAACGCCAUCGAUCGUAACCGUACCACAGACAGAAACGAACACGAAGAUGAGGCCAACCUAAUGACAAAACGUAAAAAUCAAAACUGUAUCUCACAAACUUCAAAAACUAUAGAUCUUCAUAAUACGACUCCAUUGAAUAAGAGAUCUAAAUGUGAAUCCGAAUUUACGCCGACAAAAUGCUAUUUUUGUGGAUGUAUACCAAUGGAAAAUCAACCAAGAAUGAAGGUGAAACACAGUUUGAACCCAUUGCACACUUUACACCUCGGUAUAACAUUUGAUAUUGAAUUUUAAAAACAAAAUAAGACAAAAAAAAAGUGAAGUCAUUAAUUAUUUAGUUGAUACAAACAUUGUAGUAGAUAGAUAACACUAAAAUAUAGAAAUUCUGUAAAAUACAACGUUAUGUUUUAUACCAAAUUUUUUAUAGUAUACCAAUUUAUAAUAUACAAAUCAGAAAAGUGAUACUUUUUCAAUAGCAUUAAAUGUAGUAUCUGCUUAGUAAAUAUUUAUAAGUUAUAAAUUAUAACCAAUAUGAACCUGAAAUAAAUUAUGUAAUACUUUUUAAUUGUUGUGAUGGGAAAAUAAUUACAUGUAAUGAGAACUAUAGAAUGUUAGAUACAUAUGUAGACAGUAUAUAAAUAUAUAUAAUAUAUUAAUGAAUAAACGAUUUGUCAAAAAGAUGUCAGUUUAACUUUAUUAAAUGCAAAUAAAUCUAGAACCUAAUCGGGAACAAAUUACAGUGAACUUAUCAAAUAAUAGAUAACAAAAAAAUCUAAUACUAAUCUGCUAGAUUAAGUUCUCCAACUCACUUCAUAUAAAAAUAGUAAAGAAAAAAUUUGUACAAUUAUUUUUACAAUUGGGAUUUUUUUUUAAAAUAUAAAACUUGUUUAAUUAUUAAAUAGUAUAACUUUAACAUACUUCAAAUUGU